AUAGCCAGAAGGCAUCACGUACCACAAUCCGUUGUUUCUUUCUUUCUCUUCUUUCUUCUUUGCUUGCUUCCUGGGAAUAUGAAGAAUCAUGAGAAUAAUGUGGUAGGUCCUGAUGUGAUGCUAAUUGCAUUAGCAGCAUCCAUUCCAAAUGCAGCCGUUUUUGGGGGCUUUCUCAAUCUCUCUUCUUCACAGAUCAAAGACACUAACAACUGGAUUGAUUCAAUCAGAGCUUCUUCUCCAACUCGCACUAGAUCAUCUUCUUCUUCCGAUAACCAAGACAAAAUUAAUUCUUGGAUGCUCUAUCAUCCUUCGGCGCUGAACAUGUUUGAUCAGAUAGCAUAUAACAUGAAAGGGAAGAAGAUUGUAACCUUUCUUGACUACGAUGGAACUCUGUCCCCUAUUGUUGCCGAUCCUGAUAAAGCUUUCAUGACCAAAAAGAUGAGAGCCACGCUGAAGGACAUAGCAAGGCAUUUCCCCACCGCAAUCGUCACCGGAAGGUGCAGAGACAAGGUGUAUAGCUUUGUGAAAUUGGCACAACUUUACUACGCAGGAAGCCAUGGAAUGGACAUAAAGGGGCCAACAAAAAGCCGAACUCCAAAUAAAGGAAAUGAUAAAGCACUGCUUUGCCAACCUGCUAGUAAAUUCCUGCCUAUGAUAGAAGAGGUGUACAAGAUCUUAUUAGAAAAAACAAAGAGCGUCCCAGGGGCUAAGGUAGAGAACAACAAAUUCUGUUUGUCCGUUCACUUUCGUUGUGUUGACGAAAAGUGUUGGGCUGCAUUGGCGGAACAAGUUAGAUUGGUGCUCAAUGAGUACCCAAAACUGAAGCUAACCCAAGGAAGAAAAGUACUUGAGAUCCGUCCAACCAUUAAAUGGGACAAGGGAAAAGCUCUUGAAUUCUUGUUAGAAUCACUUGGAUAUGACAAUUCCAAUGACGUUUUCCCAAUUUAUAUUGGCGAUGAUCGUACAGACGAGGAUGCUUUUAAGGUUUUGCGCAACAGAGGUCAAGGGAUUGGAAUUCUUGUUUCUAGAGUUCCAAAAGACACAGAAGCUUCGUACACUUUGAAGGAUCCAGUAGAGGUUGAGCAAUUUUUGCGGCGUCUAGUGGAAUGGAAAAGAUCGAGUACACAGUGACAUACACCAACAAGUGUAUAGAGAGAGAGAUUUAUUCCAUGAGUAUUAUUAUUAUUGUAGAUUACCUACUCAAAAUUUGAUGAAGGUAGUGUAUGAAAUUGUAUGUGUUAAAGUCCAAAUGAAUGGAUAUAUAUGAUGAGCAUAUUGUGAUC